CUAGACAGUCAAUGCGCGUGCGCCGCCUCACGCACGUCGGAGGAGCUGAGUUGGAGGAUCAUGGCGGAACGCAGGAGACACAAGAAACGGAUCCAGGAGGUGAGCGAGCCCACCAAGGAGGAGAAGGCGGUGGCCAAGUACCUCCGAUUCAACUGCCCCACCAAGUCCACAAACAUGAUGGGCCACCGAGUCGAUUACUUCAUUGCCUCGAAGGCAGUGGAUUGUCUGCUGGACUCCAAGUGGGCCAAGGCUAAGAAGGGAGAGGAGGCGCUGUUCACCACCAGGGAGUCUGUGUUGGAGUACUGCAACAGACUUCUAAAGAAACAGUUCUUCCACCGGGCUCUCAAAGUGAUGAAGAAAAAACCUGAGAAAGACGCCAAGAAAGAGAAGGAGAAAGAGAAGGCCAAGGGCGACAGCAGCAAAGAGGAGGAGAAAAAAGGGAAGAAGGAGAAAGAGAAGGAGAAAGAGAAGGAGAAAGAGAAGAAGAAAGAGUCUGAGGCUGCUGAAACCAAAAAAGAGAAGAGCGAUGACAGUCCUGGAACACCCAAGAAGAAGAAAGAAGUGAAGAAGAAGUUUAAACUGGAGCCUCAUGAGGAUCAGCUGUUCCUGGAUGGAAAUGAGGUUUACGUGUGGAUUUACGAUCCUGUCCAUUUCAAGACAUUUGCCAUGGGACUGAUCCUGGUAAUUGCAGUGAUCGCGGCGACGCUGUUCCCACUGUGGCCAGCAGAAAUGCGUGUAGGAGUUUACUAUCUAAGUGUAGCAGCAGGCUGCUUCGUGGCCAGUAUAUUACUUCUAGCUGUUGCCCGCUGCAUCCUCUUCCUGAUCAUCUGGCUGGUGACCGGUGGGCGCCAUCACUUCUGGUUCCUCCCCAACCUGACGGCAGACGUCGGUUUCAUCGACUCGUUCAGGCCGCUCUACACUCACGAGUACAAAGGACCACGAGCCAACAACAAGAAGGGCUCAGACAAGGCCGACGAGAAGGACAGCGCCGCCUCCACCAAGGCUCAGAAAUCGGACAGCGACGAGAAGUCAGACAGCGAAAAGAAGGACGGCUAUGAUGAAGAGGAAGAGGAAGAGGAGGAGAGCAAAGAGGCGGGGCAAGAUGAAAGUAAAGAAGCAGAGGAGGAAGGAACCGGGGCGGACCGCCACUCAGACACAGACAGCGACCGGCGUGAGGACGAAGGCUCACAGCACAGCAAUGGAAACGACUUUGAGAUGAUAACCAGAGAAGAGCUGGAGCAGCACACGGAGGAGGACGAGGAGGAGGAGGAAGACGAGGAGACACAAGAAAGGAAAGAAGAGGGUGGGAGUGAGACUAAACCCUAGACUUCUGAAACAUAAACUUCUUACAGUCCCAUCACUCUUUACUUUUCUCUCUCUGUCCUUCCCUUCCUCCUUCCUGUGAUCCAGGACCUGAUAGUCCGGUCUCUCUGAGGCCACGGAGAGCCUCCAUCUCUUCUUGUUGAGAUCUUCCACUUAAGAAUACCGAUAGACCAGAACCAGGAUAGACGCAACACUGAAAAGUUAACGGCUAUGACAAUGUGAAAAAAAAAGAAGCCUUAUGGUGGAUCUGAUUCCUCCCACCCAAAUGUUAUUUAUGUUAAUAUGAAAACUGCCACCGGACAUGUUUGCCUGAGGAAGUUGUCAACAGAAACCCAUCAGACCAACAACAGCUAUUUUUUUUUUCCUCUUCUUUCUUGGUUUCUCAUGUCAUGAAGUUGCUUUUUACUUUGUGUCAUUUCAACUCAGAGUGUUUUAUUUAUGUCCUAUCUUUGGUUUCAUUUGGAUGUUUUGUAAGCAAGGUCAAAUCCAGAUCGAAGCGCUGUCACGUGAAACUGACCAGUAACAGAAGACAUGCUAGUUUAUCUGCCCGUUUUUUUUUUUGUUUUGCUUUCAUUGUCGUCUUUCAGCUCCAUGUCGUCGGCACAAUCACGGUAGCUCUGGAGAUAGCCAGACAGCCCCUUUUCUUUUGUUUUUUUUUUUGGUGAUCAUAGUAUUGCAGGAGCACGCUUUACAUCCUGUUGAACGCCAGCGAGUCUGAUAGCUUUCUCAGGCAGCACUUAAAGCAAACUGACCAGUGUGUCUGCUUUGAAUCUAAGCCGGAUGGACCAAAUCCUGUAGUUUACUACAAAGAAAAGAAAAUUGACCAUAUUGUGGCUGGAUAGAGUAUUUGGAGAGCAGAGUAGUGGGGCUCUUUGAGGUACUUGCCAGUAUCAUUAAGAAACUUUAUUUUUGUUUUUUUUUUGUUUUAAAUAAAUGGCUGAUAAUAAUAGUGCAAUCCUCUCAGUCUGAAAUACUUCUAGUUUAUGGUUAAUAACGUGGGACUCAUCUUUAAGAGUAAAUGUGAGCAACUGGGACACAGCUGGCGCACUUAAUUUUCUUUUUUAAAAAAAGAUUGCAGCAUUUGUUGUACAACUAAAGCUAGAAUAAUAUACAACGUUGACUGAUUUAUUUGCAAACAGAAACUAGUGCCAAACACAACUCAUCAUGAUGUUAUGCAUGCUGAUUUAAUAUGUGAGUGGGAGAGCAAGUGGUACACUUUGCUAAAUUGGUGCGUUUUGUAACUGCGGUGUCAAACUCCUCAAACCUUUCACACCUUUGACAAAAUAAAGAGGACAAAAAAAAGCACAGCCCAAGGUUGUUAGUGUGUAGCUAAACAAAGAUUUUUGGUCUCAAUGAAACCAUUUAAAGACGUUCGCACUAGACUCAUAUCCAAACUAAUCCUGUCUAGUCUUGCACAAGCCAUCAUGCGUGAUAAUAGUGGGCGUUCUUCGUGAAUCCAGCUCCACCGACUGGUACGAGCUCAACAGUUUCGUUCCCAGUCAGAGUCCAGUGCCAGGCGGCCGUGGUCCAAACUGUUCCUUCACAUUAUCUUCUGGCUAGAAAAUGUCUUAGAUGCUCCUUUUAGUCAUAGUGAGGAUUAUAUUUAAGUAUAAAAAAAAUAGAAAUGUAUCAUUUAUAUAUGGAUUCUAUUGAGAUAUCAAAUAUAUACAUACUAUACUUAGUCUAAGAAACUAUAAAUCAGCUUUUUUCCCUCCUUUUAUUUUGUAUCGGGAAUAAUAAUUAUACCUCUUAAGUGUUUAUAAUGCUCAUUUUUUGUUUUUGUAUGAUCAUCAUGAGUGUACUCGUUAUUUAAAGGUAACAUCUGGAAUUAGAAAACCAUGGGAAUUUAUUAGAUAUCGGCGUCUCUGUUUAUUUUGUUUUUUUUUUACACUUGCCACAGUAACAUUGAAUGUGCGAUCUGGCUGGUUUGUUGUGCGCUGCCACAUCUGUAUUUCUCUCACUAACAAUGGUCAGUCAUUAACCCGAGGUUAUAAAACCAGAGGCUUGUGUAACACAGAGAGCGACCUGCCAUUUCCCACAUGAUCUGACGUGGCAAAAACAAUAUUUUAAUAUAUUCCAGACACUUUCUGUACAGUUGUCCUUUUGUUCUGCCUGAAAAU